AUGGCGACGCCAGCGCUGCACGCAAAAGUAGGCGCCGCGGCGUACACGCUCCUGUACUUCACAAGCAGCUGGACGCACCCUGUAGACGAUGUCGCGAUGCCGAGGCUACGCGCAGUUCUCGAUGCAGUCAACGCGCGGCGUCGCGAGCACCAGCUGAUUGAAAUGCUGCAAGUGUGUCGGACGGACGACAGCGAGCGCUGCGGCGACGCGAACGUACAGCGUCUCGAUCCGUCAACGUUCCGGUCGCGGUGCAGAGUGUACAAAGUGGCGGACCUGCCGGCGUGCGUCAUGCUGGACAUGGAGGGACAAGUAAUGACGGAGAAAACGAUGCAGCAACUAGAGAAUAAACUUCGGCAGCUUUGCGAAGAUAGGAUCGUACCGGCGUCCUGGGUCGAAUCACUAUCGUCGUGGGAAGUGCUCCGAGAGCUCGUGAAGGAUCAUGGAGCGCCUGCCUUCGCCUGGGAUGCUUUGCAGCCGUUGUGGCAAGUCACUGGAACUCGCACGCGAUUCGCUCUUCCACCGAUGUUUCUUGAAGUCGAGGAUACAUUGCUUGUAAUGAUGCGUGAGAAAGCUCUGGAGCUGUUUGAAUCGGGAGAGUUUCUCCAAGCCGCGUCAACUUUCGUCGACGUUUUGAUUCGGUGUCCUACUUGCACAAAGUCCAGCUUUAAUCUUGCCGUGAUCUUGCACACAAUUGGCGAAACAUACUUUGCUGUGCCUAGCAUGCUGCGUGUCGUCACCCUCGAUGACAGUGACUUUGUAGCACAUACAGUUCUUCGAUCUGUGCACUAUCUGGAAGAACCCGACCUUGUAGUCGCCGGAUAUCGCUUGAUCCUCUCAGCGCAUCCAGAAAGUCAUGUUCGCGCGGCACACACGCUCGCCACACUGCAGGGGAGCGCUAAGACUAGAACAGCUGCUCCUGCUUAUGUUGCAAAGGUUUUUGACGAGCUUGCCGACAGCUUUGAGGAUAAACUUGUGGCACGUCUGGAGUAUCGCGUACCCUGGCAACUUGUCGAGGCUCUGCAGAAACUAUCGCCAGCUGGGUUCAUUCUCAAGGGCUGGACUAUCAAGCCAAACUGGGUUGUGGCUGAUGUCGGAUGUGGCACCGGUCUUUGCGGCCGCCUUCUUCGUCCACAUGUGAAGCACAUCAUCGGGGUGGACAUUUCGCCGUUGAUGAUUGAAAAGACACGUGCCCAAGGGAGUUACGACGAGCUACAUACGGCCGACAUUGCGCCAUUCCUGGAGUCGUGCGCUGAUGGGUCGCUGGACCUCAUUAUCUCCGCAGACGUGUGGAUUUACGUAGGGGCGCUGGAGCAAGUGUUUGAGUCGGCCGCACGCACGCUUCGUGCCUCCACAGGAUGGAUGGCCUUUUCGAUCGAGCUUUUCCACCCUGACACCAGCAAAAGGAUUGAGGGUGGCGCAACAGGUUUUCGCUUGGCCCCGUCUGGCCGGUUCCAACACUCGCAUGGCUACAUCGAGUCUCUGGCAACCCGCUUUGCGUUUACUAUUGCUCUACAAGAAGACGUCGCCGUGCGCAAGGAAAGCGGUGAACCCAUUCCAGGGCGUAUCUAUCUUCUUCAACGAGUCACGGCAUGA